AUGGCUCCAGCUACUAUUCUUUGCGUUGGCAUGGCCGGAUCGGGCAAAACGACCUUUGUCCAGCGGCUGAAUUCACACCUGCAUAUGAAGAAACAGGCUCCGUACGUGAUCAAUCUCGAUCCGGCUGUUCUCAAGGUUCCAUUUGGAUGCAACAUCGAUAUCAGAGACUCUGUGAAGUACAAGAAGGUGAUGGAAAAUUACAACCUGGGUCCCAACGGUGCCAUUGUGACGUCCUUGAACUUGUUCUCCACCAAUAUCGACCAGGUCAUCUCUCUUGUUGAGAAGAAAUCCGACAGAUACAAACACUGCAUUGUCGACACUCCAGGGCAAAUCGAGUGUUUUAUUUGGUCUGCGUCGGGCGCCAUCAUCACAGAAGCGUUCGCCUCGACUUUUCCAACGAUAAUUGCAUACAUCAUUGAUACUCCACGAAGCUCGUCGCCAACAACGUUCAUUUCCAACAUGCUAUAUGCUUGUUCUAUUCUGUACAAGACCAAGCUUCCGAUGAUAGUUGUGUUCAACAAGACGGAUGUCAGGGACUCCAAAUUUGCUACAGAAUGGAUGACCGACUUUGAGGCCUUCCAAGAUGCCCUCAGAAACAACAGCGAGCUGAAUGACGAGACCAGCAACGGUUCGGGAUACAUGGCCUCUUUGGUGAAUAGCAUGAGUCUGAUGCUGGAGGAAUUCUAUUCCACCUUGGAUGUGGUCGGAUGCUCUGCUUACACGGGAGCAGGUUUUGAUGAGUUCUUGGAUGCUGUGGACGCCAAGGUCGAUGAGUACAACAACUUCUACCAGAAAGAGAGAGAAAGGAUUAUCAAGGAGAAGGAAGAGAAAGAGAAAGAGAACAAACAGAAGCAACUGACGCACUUGAUGAAAGAUCUCGGCCUGGGCAAAAAGGAGCCGGUGGACACGAUUUCUGAUGCCGAGGACGACGGCGAAGAAGAAUACGAACACGGACUGGUCGAGCCAGACAUAAAUGAGCCACAACGCGAGUACACCUUUGCGGAGGACAGAAACGGCGAGGUGACAGAGGAAAAUAAGGACGUGCACGGGGUAUACCAGAAAGCGUUUGAGCAAGGAUCGAAGACCGCCAAAAGCGACGUUGCAGAGAACAUUGCCAAGUAUAUUAGACAGCAGCGUUGA